AUGCCCAUAUUUAUCUACCUAUCUCAGUGUUUUCAUAUCCGUCUCUCUCUCACAUUCUUUAUAUCUAUCUAUCACAGUCUGUUCCUUUUCUAUCUAUCUAUCUAUCUCAGUCUGUUAUCUAUCUAUCUCCCUCUGUUCCUUAUCUAUCUAUCUAUUUAUCUCAUUCUUAUGUUCCUUUAUGUAUGUAUCUAUCUAUCUAGCUAUCUAUCUAAGUCUGUUCAUUUUCUUUCUAUCUCGAUGUAUUUAUCUUUCUCAAGACGUGUAUGUAUAAAUACUGUCAUAUCUAUCUAUCUAUCUAUCUAUCUAUCUAUCUCAGUCUGUUUACAUCUGUUUAUAUGUCCAUUUCAGUUUGCUCAUAUUUGGAUUAGUCAUAUCUAUCUAUGUAUCUAUGUUUAUUAUCGCAGAUUAACUCUCCCGGCUCUGAUUAGAGUUCUAAAGUAUACAAUAACCUUUCUUUCUUCCUUUCUUCCUGUCCCUUCUCUCCCCCCGCCCUCUCUGUCUCUAUCUCUUUGUCUCUAUCUCUUUGUCUCUAUCUCUCUGUUUCUAUCUCUCUAUAUAUCUAUCUAUCUAUCAAUUUAUCUAUCUGCGUUGAACCUAGUAUCUUUUUCUUUGACCACCAGAAUUUGCUCUGGGGUGCCUUUAUUCACCAUUUGUCGAAAACGUUCUCUUUCACGGAAUUGGUAUCUUGAGGAAUUUGUUGGUGAUUGCUUUUCCUUCCUGAUGCCUCAGAUUGAUGACAAGUUUGAUUGA